AUGGCAUCAGUGCCUUCCAUUGGAUCUCUGGCCCCAAACCAGUAUUAUCGAAAAUCCGGUGUUUCGUCAGGCACCUCUCUAACUGGCUCUGAUUCUCUUCACUUCGUAGAUGAUGACAAAUCCCAGCGAGGGUUACCUGAAGUGGCAGAAUCCACCUGGUGGUUUAAAUCCUUUUUCCAGUCUGAACAGGCAGAGAAGACCAGUUUGCUUGUGGGAACAACAAUUAUCUACUCCAAUAUAAGGAAUCACAGCUCCUUGGGGAAAUGGCUGAUCCCAGGACAGAAUCAACUAAAGAGGAUACUUUGUAAAAUCAAAGUAAGGCCAGUUGUUGAAAAGAUGUAUUCUUUACUCUAUCAAGUAUAGUGACUUGAAUUAUUUAGCAUAAACGUUACCACAAGUUUGGCAGCUAAAGCAACACAAACUCAGGACGUCCCAGUUUUCUGGGGCAGGGGUCUCGGCAGCAGGUCCAGUGUCAGGGUCUCACAGGUGGGCCGUCCGCACUUCUGGAAUCCUCCAAGCUGAUGGAGACGCUUGGCAGAACUAGGCUUCUGUGGCUACAGGACGGCGGGGCCCCGUCCUGAAGCCGCCUGUAGGCUGCGGCUCCAUUUCCUGGUCCCUGGCUCCUGACAGCCCGUGAGCCUCACUCGCUUUGGGCCCCAUGCUCCGCGCCCCGGGCGAGCGGACACAAGAGUCCUCACUCAGUCCCGCCCUCAUCACAACAAGGCCCUGGUCCCGGCUCUCUGAGGCUCUUUCCCACCAGCUGGGGACGCGUGUCCCGUUGAGAAAGGCGCUUGAUGACCAAAGGCUGGAUGACGUGGGUGACUGAUAAACCUUUUCCUACCCUCGUGGUGGCUGAUGGGGGCUCAUCCUACUGGUCCAGGUGGUGGCAGAGGGCGCCGUUAGCAGGUUGCUGAGUCAAUGACCACUGCUGGUUUUCUCUGAUCCUGCUUUGGCAGCGGACAGGCUCUGCCGUCUAAAGUGGUUUGUGCCUUGAGCGGGCGGUGCUGCGUUGGUCCAGCCCUUCCAAACCCCUAUCGUGGCUUUAGCCCACUUAUGUUGGGGGUUCAGUAAUUCGCUGGGAUUUAGGGACAGAAGAAUGGAACCAGGACCCUCCUCCAAGAAGCCCUGAGUCACGUCUCCUGGUCUAGGACUGUCUGUGUGUCUGUGAUGCUUGAUUUCACGUGCAAUUUGACUGGGAUGUGGGGUAGUUUGCGGUUACACGUUAUUUGGUCAAACAUUAUUCUGGCUUAUCUGUGAGGGUGUUUCUGGAUGAGAUGAACAUUUUAAUUGAUAGACUGAGUAAAGCAUUUGCCUCUCCCCCAUGUGUGUGGCCUCACCUAACACACUGAGGGCCUGAGUGGAACAGAGGACCGAGGAAGAAAGAAUCCUCUCCCCUCCUGCCCUGACCUCAGACGCUGGUCUUUUCCUGCCUUCAGACUCUGACUCACAUGGGAAUGUACGCCGUGGCCUCUGGGGCCUCCAGCCGACCCACCUGCAGGUCCUGGGACUUCUCAGCCUCCAUAUUCAGGGGGCCAGUUCCUUAUUAUAAGGAAAUAGAUGUUAAAAAUCCUUUGCUGCUUCUUUUUUUUUUUUUUGCUGCGUUGGGUCUUA